AUGGCGUCCUUUCUAACAGACCCGUUGUUUGAAUCGUCCGCACGGGGUCCUCCACCCAAUAAGAACUUUUAUCAUUUCGCUGUCACCAAGUCAAAUGUGAUCUGGAGAUGGUGGAAGAUAUCUCCUCGAGCUGUGGACAGGUACUCCAAGCCCGGGGAGCUGAAGGAGCCUCACCAGGACUUCUUGGAUGACACUACGCUGCAGAGUGAGGUCAGUAUGGUUUUCGGUCAACGGAUCUUGCAGUUCACCAAGGCUUUGUGCCAAGGCCAUUAUGAUUACCUGGAGCACCUGUCUGACACCUUGCUUCUGCGGAUAAUAUAUAAUCUAGAACUAGAGGAUGUGGGUCAGCUUGGACGAACGUCGCACAGGUUCAGAAAGCUAUGUGGGUCGGAGGAGUUUUGGGAGCAGGCAGUGCAGCGGCGCUGCAACACAGUGUCGGCUGAGGUUGCAUCACUAGCGCUUGAUGUGGGUUGGCGCAGCAUCUUCUUCACCAGUAAGCUACAGCUGCAGAAGUUGAUCAGCCGCAGGAGGCUAAAGGCUGAGAAACAUCAAGAAGGACAGGUCUCUGACCCAGAUACAAAGGCAGAGGAAUCUCCUGAUGAAAGCUCAGGGACGGACCAGACAUCCGGUUCUGAGGAGGAAACUCACCUUGGCAUUAUACCAGAUCUUUGCCUUGGCACUGAUCCUGGUACUCUCUUUGACACCAGCUCCUGCUGUGAUAAUGGUCCUAACCCUGAAUCAGAAGCUGGCUCUGAUUCUAAUGUGCCUGUGCCGUGCCAACAGUUUGAGGACAUAAAGAUCUGUGUGGUGGAUACGCAGUAG